AUGUUCGCUCGUGCCUCCACCCUCGUUCUCGCUCUCCCCCUCCUUGCUGCGGCCACUGCUCUCCCCCGCACUAACGGUGACGGCCCGUCCAACCAGUGCAACACUGGCACUAUCUCGUGCUGCAACCAGACUCUCCAGUCUGGUACCGCCUCCACCAACCUCCUCCUCGGUCUUUUGGGCAUUGUUCUCGGGCCCGUCACUGGUCUCCUCGGUCUCGGCUGCACUCCUAUCACCGUCAUUGGAGCUGGAGGCAACUCGUGCUCUGCUCAACCAGUCUGCUGCACUGGCAACACCUUCAACGGUCUCAUCAAUGUUGGCUGCACCCCCAUCAACUUGAACCUUUAA